GGGGGGGGUCAUUGAAUAGACCUGAAAUUAUCAGCUCUCUGUCCCUUGCUUUUAGAAUGCCAUUUAGAACUACAAACAUCUACAAUUAAUUAUUUAAAUCCACAUCGUGACAAGUCAACGGCACAGUUUUUGAAUAUUUGAUACACUAAUGAGCCAAAUAAAGAAUUUACUCGCACACUCACUAAUCCUAGCGCGAUACUUAGAUUUGCAGUAAGUCCUAAAUGUGAUUCAUACCCAUAUAGACAUACAAAAAUAGCAUUCAUGUGGUUCUUAUAGGUGUCCACUGUAGUACGGAAUCAAAAUGAAAAAGAAUAAGUGGAAGAAUUAUAUAAUUUAUUGAUGUUGACAUUCUAGGUACGUGUGGACGAUUAUGGGAGAUUGGUGUACGAUUUGAUUCAUGAUCAUAAAAUCUUUGUAUAAACUUUAUUUAUUUGGAAGUGGAUACCAUACUGAAAAAAACUCUUCGAAAAUUUCAAUUAUAAUAUCGUUUUAGUGGAGAGAGCUGGCAUUUCAAAUGAUCGAGUUAACUGAGCCAAAAUGUAUUUACAUUUCAACAUAGGAUUUUCCAAGUAUUAAAAGUUUGGGCAAAUAUCAUAAUACCAGUCCAUUAGAAAAGGAAAAUCAACCUUAUCGAUUCAAAUUCAAUUCAAAUUUAUUCAGGCAUAAGAUCACUUAUGAACUUAUAAUAGAUCAGUAAAAAUACAUGUUUACAAUAAUCAAUAUAUUGAACCAUUUUGACAAAAAAAAUUAAAAAAGACUUUAUUAUAAACAUGCUGAUUGAUGCAUAAAAGAUUUAGUCAUGUAGAAAAGAAUGACCUUAACGCCCGAGAUAACCAAUUAAAGUAAAACUAUUCAAUUAUUUCCAUUAGGGUCCCAUGAUAUCCCUGGUUGUCAAAUAGCGUUAUGAAGUUUAUUUGAAAACACGACUGCACAUGAAAAAUAUCGUAAGAUAAAUCGACGAUAUUCUUAAUGCGUUCAAACUCUUUAGCCCACCAUCAUCAGAUGGUGGGCUAUUAAAAUCACUCUGCGUCCGUGGUCCGUCCGUCCGUCAUUCCGUCCGUCCGUCCGUUAACAAUUUCUCGUUAUCGCAUCUCCUCAGAAACUACUGGGGGGAUUUUGACCAAACUUUGUCAGAAUGAUGUAUUGGUACCCUAGUUGUGUCCCUCUGAAAAUCAGACUGAUUCAACAAUUUAUGAGUGAGUUAUGGCCCUUUGUUUAUUUCUAUAAUUUACAUAGAUUUAUAUAGGGAAAAACUUUGAAAACCUUCUUGUCCAAAACCACAGGGCCUAGGGCUUUGAUAUUUGGUAUGAAGCAUCAUAUAGUGGUCCUCUACCAAGAUGAUUCAAAUUAUUUCUCUGGGGUCAAAUAUGGCCCCGCCCUGGGGGUCACAUGGUUUAUAUAGACUUAUAUAGGGAAAAACUUUGAAAAACCUCUUGUCCAAAACCACAGGGCCUAGGGCUUUGAUAUUUUGUAUGUGACAUCAUCUAGUGGUCUUCGACUAAGAUUGUUCAAAUUAUACCCCUAGGGUCAAAUAUGGCCCCGCCCAGGGGGUCAUAUGGUUUACAUAGACUUAUAUAGGGAAAAACUUCGAAAAUCUUCUUGUCCAAACCACAAACCCUAGGGCUUUGAUAUUUGUAAUGUAGCAUCAUCUAGUGGUUCUCUACCAAGUUUGUUCAAAUUAUCCCCCUAGGGUCAAAUAUGGCCCCGCCCUGGGGGUCACAUGCUUCAUAUAGACUUAUAUAGGGAAAAGCUUUUAAAAUCUUCUUGUCAAUAACUACAACAUUCAAACUUGGACCACAUGUAUAUUUUUGAGUGGCAAGAUGAACCUUGACAUGAGUUGACCUUGAUUUUGACCUAGUGACCUACUUUCACAUUUCUGUAGCUACAAUCUUCAAAGUUGGACCACAUGCAUAGUUUUGUGCACCGGAAAAAACUUUGACCUUGAUUUUGACCUAGUGACCUACUUUCACAUUUUUGAAGGUACAGGUGUCAGAUUUGGACCAUAUGCAUAGUUCCGUGUUUCAAAAUGAAAUUUGACAUUGAUUUUGACCUAGUGACCUACUUUCACAUUUCUCAAGCUACAGCCUUCAAAUUUGGACCACCUGCAUAGUUUUGUGUACCGAUAAAAACUUUGACCUUGACAUUGACCUUGUGACCUACUUUCACAUUUUUAAAGGUACAGUCUUCAAAUUUGGACCACAUGCAUAAUUUUGGUUUCGAAAUGAAAUUUGACCUUGAUUUUGCCUUCAGAUUUGGACCACAUGCAUAGUUUUGUGCACCAGAAGACACUUUGACCUUGACAUUGACCAAGUGACCUACUUUCACAUUUUUUGUAGGUACAGGCUUCAAAUUUGGACCACAUGCAUAGUUUCAUGUUCGGAAAUGACAUUUGACCUUGAUUUUGACCUAGUGACCUACUUCCACAUUUCUCAAGCUACAGCCUUCAAAUUUUGACCACAUGCAUAGUUUUGUGUAUCGAAAAAACUUUGACCUUGACAUUGACCUAGUGACCUACUUUCACAUUUUUGAAGGUACAAGCUUCAAAUUUAGACCACAUGCAUAGUUCUGUAUUCUGAAAAAAAAUUUGACCUUGAUUUUGACCUAGUGACCUACUUUCACAUUUCUCAAGCUACAGCCUUCAAAUUUGGACCACUUGCAUAAUUUUGUGUACCGAAAUGAACUUUGACCUUAAGAUUGACCUAGUGACCUACUUUCACAUUUCUGUAGCUACAGGCUUCAAAUUUAGACCACAUGCAUAGGAUUGUGUGCCGAAACAAACUUUGACCUUGACAUUGACCUAGUGACCUACUUUCACAUUUUUGAAGGUACGGGCUUCAAAUUUGCACCACUUGCAUAGUUUUGUUUACCAAAUUAAACUUUGACCUUAAGAUUGACCUAGUGACCUACUUUCAAAUUUCUCAAGCUACAGCCUUCAAAUUUGAUGCACAUGCAUAGUUUUGUGUACAAAGAACUUUGUCCUUGAAAUUGAUCUAGUGACCUACUUUCACAUUUCUCAAGCUACAGCUUUCGAAUUUGAACCGCAUGCACAGUGUUGUGUACGUAAAUGAAAUUUGACCUUGAGCUAGUCAAUAAGUCUUGAAAUUUGGAACACUCAAAAAUGGCAGAUUGGUGGGCGCCAAGAUCACUCUGUGAUCUCUUGUUUUCAUUUCUUUCAGGCUUUGACAUACGCAUGUAGGAAGCAUUCAGAUUAAUUUGAAUUUACACAAAUGUUGCUUAGAUUCUAUACCUAGCUAUUAGGAUUACGAUAGGGUUAAACUUGCAUUAAUAAAAAUUUCUUCCUGAUUCCAUGUCUGUGUGUUUUUUUUUUCUUUUCCUUUUUUGGUGUCAAAGACUUAACUAAGGGAAAUCUGCCAGUUCUCAAUACCAUCCUAACAAGAACCCUGAAAAUACUUCAAGGCUUUCCUCAUAAACAAAAACGGGAUUUUCGCAACGUGCAGAUAUUCAGUGCGGCCAGGUUUACCUUAAAACCCAUUUUAAACCCAUUUUAAUGCAAAUUUGAAGACUAUUUAUAAUACGUUUCAGUUGAAACAACCAACUGUAUGAAUAUAAAUAUGAAAAUCUAUGGUCAAGUGAACAGAAGUUGACCUCAUGUCAGAUGAACUGAAGCGAUGGUAUUUAGCUUGGUUGUUUCUUUUCGUAUCAUCUUCUUUUUCCUUCGAGUGACACUCUGAGUGGCAUGGAUGUGUAGACCAGACAGAAGAUCUAUCAGUACGAUUCACCAGACGGCAUGCGGAGAAGACUCCCAAGCUUCUUAAGCCCUACGCUCAACGUAAGGGAAGAGAGGGGAGGGGCAUCAACACCAGCAACGAGGGACCAGCCUGCAUCAUGUGGCGACCAACCGCCCUUGUGAGGGCGAGCAUGCAACCUGCAACCACGCCUCGGUUUUGCAGUGAACUAUUACUGAAAGGGAGGGAUGCCUAAUGUUGCGAUAUAAUCCAAUGCGAUCAGCUAUCAGCAGACGAAGAAAAUUUCUGCUGUUUAUAGUGGGCCUGUCGAUGUUGUCAACAUAUUUGAUCGUUGGAAUGGUGUAUAACGUGCCUAAAGUUGAUGAAGUGAGUCAAUGGGAAGAAAAGACGUGCCAUAAUUAUAGCAGACUACUAAGGGAAACAAGGAACAAUAGACGAGAUCACAAGAAGUAUCUGAUCACGUGGUACAGCGUGUCUCCUUACAUAAAAUGGCGACCAGAAGCAUUGGCGCGUGGGUUUAAAAUGUGUAAAUAUAACAAUUGUGAAAUGUCCUUAUGUAAACGAACUUCAGAACAUAGUGACGCUGUUAUAUUCAAUGGAAGACGUCUUCCGGAAAACUAUGAAUUUAAACGUCCUUUUGGACAAAUAUGGAUCUUUGCAGAAGAUGAAACCCCGUAUACUUACAAUUUUGACACACAGCAAUGGAAAUCUAAAUACUGGCGAUCUGCUUUUAACUGGACAAUGACAUACGACAGUGAAAACACUGAUAUCUAUUUACCUUGUGGUGACAUUUUGAAAAAGAAAGCACGGGAUUCUCGUGAUUUCAGAGGUAUUGCUAGGAACAAAACACGAGAUGCAUUGUUAAUAACUUCCCAUUGUAGUACGGAGUCGAAACGGUCAGAAUAUGUGAAGGAACUACAGAAAUAUAUUGAUGUUGACGUCCUUGGUGCGUGUGGACGCAAAUGGGAGUGUGGCAAACUAUGGGUACAUGACGAGUGUUUUGAAAUCUUAAACACCACGUAUAGAUUUUACUUAGCAUUUGAGAAUGCACUUUGUCAGGGCUACCGUACUGAAAAAUUCUUCGAAAAUUUCAAUUAUGACAUCAUACUGGUGGAGAGAGCUGGUAUUUCUAAGGAUGAUAUUAUUGAGCCAAAAGACAUUUAUAUUUCAACCUCGGAUUUUCCUAAUGUUGAAAGAUUGGGAAGGCAUCUUAAGAAACUUUCAAAUGAUAUUGAUGAAUAUGCUGGUCUUUUAGAAAGAAAAAGUCAAUACUAUUCUCCUGGUUUUCACGAACCAUAUCAAAUGGCGUUAUGUAAUUUAUGUGAAAAGAUGAAUGCGCAAGAAAAAUAUCAUAGAGAAAUCAAUGAUCUAGUAAAUGAACAUGCGCGACUGUUAACUUUCUGUAAGGAUCCCACAGAUAUAAAAGUGUAGGUUAAGGGUAUGUUGAGAUGGGAGUGAACGGAUUUUAAUUGGUAUUUGAAAAAAUACUAAUAAAAGAACGAAAAUAGAAACUCGAGUCUACAUGCCUUAUUUUAAUCGGAUGUUUUGAAACUUAACCAAUCAAUGGAAACUGUUGUAUUUCUUAUUAUUGCUUUACCAAGAUUGGCUGCAUACUUCUGGGUGCUUCAUGCUCAAAAUAGUGAGAUAAAUUUAUGUCGGAAUUCACAUACAUGAUAUGUAAAAAGGUAACAGUUUAUUAACGUGAUUGGUCGGAUUAAUGGGAAACCAUGUUAAGCAUUUGGAUUAGCCAUGUGAAGGAUAGUACACGUAUAGUACACGUAUAACGUAUGGCUGGACAAAGAUAUCCCACUAAUUGCACGGCACCUUAAAAGGUAAAAUAUUAUUUUAAUCUGGAGUGGACUUGCUAAUACAUCUGGUAGUCACAGGCAAGAAUUUUUAGAAUCAGACUAAGCCUUUUCCGAUCUCGAGUUGUCAAAAAAUGAACCAAUGUGAAGCUUAGAACUUAUUGCUGAACAGUUCGUAAUUCAGCGACAGAUGACGAGUUUCAAGAACUUGUGUCGUUAAAGAUCAAUAAAGACACCACAAAGAAUACUUUACGAUCAUUAAACAAACUUUAUUCUUUGCGAAAAAAAAACAAAGACACACGGCACUGAAAUGUAAAACAAAAAUAAAAAUGAGAAAGGUUACUUUCAAUACCAAAGCAUGAAUCUGUUGUGCACAACCUCAACUUUCUGGACAAAGACAUCACACAUGUUCAGUACAUUCAUAUAUGAUUAAGCAUAUGUUGGAAAAAAGACUGUGCUCUGGUGUAAAAAAGCAAGGACACAAGUUCGAAGCUACGUUUUGCACGCUGCGCACAGAGGACCAAGAUGUUUGGCGAUACAAUUCCUAUAACAACGAAAGGAUUUUUUAUAGAAGACAAAUGCUCAGAUACAUGAUACAACAUAGAUGCAGUCCAGUAGAAGUAAAUACGUUUAACACAUGAAGGAAGUAGCUGAGCUGGAAGGGAGGCUUAAAAGGGGAUUAUUCGAGUCAUAGUGGAAAAAUAACCGUUAUAACUAAAGUUUGAUAAUCUUGCAUUCGAUGAACAGUCAGUAAUGUUUGGAAGUGGCCAGACGACUACAGUUGCAGUAUAAACGAUCCUCCGAUACAGUAUUCGAAAAUUGAUUUCUUGUGACAUAGUUUUUAAAGGCAGACGGUAUUUAUGUAAGAUUUGGCAUUUCAUUAAACAAGUAAUUGAUAUUUCCAUGAGAACACAUACUGAGUAUAUGGAUUUCACGGAAGAGUUUUUACUGCUCAGUCUUUUCUUGAUACUUUGCUCAAAUGAUGGAUACCUUUUAUCUCAGAGUGUGUUCUAGUUUAAGCAUCACUAUAUCUUCUUUAGAUUUACAUAUCUUUAUAUGUGAUAACGUUGUCCAGGCAAAAAUGAUAAUUACAGAGAUGUUUUAAUUUUGGUGAUGUAUUUUUGUCUCAUUACACCUGUGAGUUAUCUUA